AUGAAACCAGCUUUAGUAACGGAAGAGCAGAUUAAAUUAAGAGCAUUUCCAUUUUCUUUGAAGGAUGGUGCAAAGGAAUGGCUCUAUUACCUUCCUCCUAGAACUGUUAAUACCUGGAAUGAAAUGAUGAUAUUGUUCUUGGAGCGUUACUUCCCCGCAUCUAAGGUUGGUAGUAUAAGGAAGGAAAUCUGUGGCAUUCGCCAACAGACUGGCGAGUCAUUAUAUGAGUAUUGGGAGAGAUUUAAGAGGCUAUGUGCCAGCUGCCCCCACCACCAAAUAAGUGAACAACUCCUGAUCCAAUACUUUUAUGAAGGACUAUUUCCAUUGGAUAAGAGUAUGAUUGAUGCAGCAAGUGGGGGAGCACUGGUUGACAAGACUCCUGCUGCAGCUAGGAGCUUAAUUUCUAAUAUGGCAGCUAAUUCUCAACAGUUUGGAGUUCGUCAAGAAGUUUCAGUUAAGGGAUUAAAUGAGACAAACUCUAAAGUAGAACAGCAACUGGCGCAAUUAACUAGUAUGGUUCAACAAAUGGCUUUAGGUCAUCAGGUGAGACCUUGUGGCAUAUGUCAGUUGGUGGGGCAUUUUACUGAUGCAUGUCCCACACUUCAAGAGGAUACCAAUGAGCAUGUAAAUGCAAUGGGAGGAUUCCCAGGGCAACCUAGGCAAAGGUAUGACCCUUAUGCUAUAACUUAUAAUGAAGGAUGGAAAGAACAUCCUAAUCUUCGAUAUGGGAAUCCACAACAAACUGUACCAACUAGACCACCAGGAUUUCCUUAUCAACAAAGGCAACAACAACCCUAUACACCCCAGCCUCAACAACCUAUUACUUCACAAGCUCAAGAACCAUCAAUGGCAGAUAUGCUAAAACUGUUAGUAGCUUCCAAUAUACAAACUCAAGUAAUUCUUCAGAGUACUCAAGUGUCUCUCAAGAAUUUGGAGAACACAAUAGGAUAG